AGUUAGAUUAAAUGAGCCUUUUAAUGAACACUUUGUUACAUGAGAACAGCUGCAGCCAAACCAUUGAUAAUAUAUAUUUUUUAUUGAUGUAUGUACAGCUCUGUAUAGGGUCGGUGAUGUGCUAAGUAAUUGAGCAAGUGAUGUAAGCACCCCUAUUCAACAUAGAAACUUUGUCAAAUUGAGGAAACGGGAUAUGAUUUUAUGUUUAUGUUUAUAGAGAGGGAAAUAUUGUUUGGUUGGUUGUAAUUGACUUUUUGUGCUGUGGGAUUGGUGACAGUCAUAUUGUACCCUUCAGGCUCCAGACUUAUGUAUUAUAAAUUGGGAAUAUCUUUGUGAAGGAUUUUUAAGCAAGCUGUGUAGAACAGUCCCCUAUCAUAUGCAUCUUAUUACAUAAGCUACAAUCAGUGUUACAGCACAUUUUUAUCUGGACAGAUAUGAAUUUGAAAUGCGUUUUUAGAGCAAGCAUUUGAUAAAGGUGGAGUUGUUUUAAAUGUGUGCGGCAGUCAUACACAGAAUCGGUCUCUUAUCCCUGCGCAUUGCUGGGGAGGCGAGGUGAAGGGGAAGAACUGGGACUGAACAGGGGCAAUCUGUGUGUAAACACGGGCUUUGACGGGAGACAGGAAUGCUUCAGUCUACCUGUGAUUACCUGUAAUUUGUUGUUGCUGUCUUUGUUGUCAGAGCUGUGAGUUGGAAUAAUUACGGAUAGAUCUACUGGUGGAGGGGAGUGAGACAGUCCUUGACAAUAGAUACAGGUGAUAGAUAGACAUACCCAGAUAAACCUGCUACAGACUAAAGAAUGAAGUUGUAACUCGAUAUCUUAUAAAACAUGUAGAAGUUGUUGAAAGUGGACCCCAUCCAUAUAUAUAGAACAAACUUCCUGGUCGGUAGAAUGGCUGGAGAAUGAGGAAGUACAAUGCUUGAGGAGACCAGCUCACAGCCCCACUUCCUUCCUGUUGUGGCAGUCUCGGGGCUGGGGCUGAUUCUCUCCCUUUAUCUACUCGUGCUCUGUGUCUGUGCCAAAAGCAAAGAAAAGAAAGAAAAUUUGGAAGAAACCACUCACCUGAAGAAUGGUACAGAGCCACAAGCAAAUACCAUCGCUGUGAACAUUGAUGAGAGUCUUACUGUUCUCAGAGCCCCAGCAACUAAUGGAAAUAUCAGCAGAAACAGUGGGGGCAGUCCUAAGGGUGGCUCCUCCCCUCACCCCCCGGGGACCAAUCACCGAGAGUUACCCCAACCUCCCACUGCCAGCAGAAACACCAUCGGAGGGAAGACCAAUCCAUUCAAGGGUGAGGCCAGCAACAAGAGGAACACCGUGGGAGAGGUCAUAUUGACGGAGGAUCAGGACGACUAUGACCAUCUGAUGCGGCAGGGCUUCCCAAAGAACAACCUCCGGCGCUCCAACUACGACCACAUACAACUGGGGGAUGACGGUCAGUUCCAUGUACAGGCCAGGAAGCCCGAUCCCCCCACAGAGGAACAGCCAGAGAAUGACUACGCUGAAGUUGAGAGAGAAAACAUUUAUGAAGGUGUGAAAGAUAAGCAGCCUGAGCCAGAGCCUAAGGCUAGCGUUCCAGUUACAGCAGCCCCAGUAAAGAGACUGUAUGAUCCGUAUUCCAGUGUAAAUGAUGAAGAGGAGGUGGAAGAGGAUUCUGAGGUUCAGAAACAACAACAGAAAACCUUUGAUCCAUACUCAAAAGUGAAAGUAGGAGACGAGACUCCCAAGAAGAACGUGGACGCUGAUAAGAAUGUUAGUGAUGGUUCACUUGUGAAAACAAAAGAGUACGACCCAUAUUCCAGAGUAAAAGACAGUGAUUCUAACUCAGGAUCCUUCAGAUCCAAACCUUUUGAUCCAUACUCACGAGUGAAAGACGACAAGGACGAUUCGAGUGGAGGAACAUUUAAAGACAUUGACCCAUACUCAACUGUGAAAGAAGAAAGAACUCCCAGGGGGAAUGGUAAAGAUGACCCCUAUUCAAAGGUCAAAGAUGCUAUUGACAAUGAAACAUCUGUUGAUGAUAUUGAUGAUCCAUAUAAUAGGGUAGUGGAUGACCCAUACAACAAGGUCAAAGAUGAUGACCCUUACAACAAGGUCAAAGGUGCUGAGUCUUUAGCUAAGGUCAAAGGGGAUGACCCUUAUAACAAGGUUAAAGAUGAUCCAUACACAGGGGUCAAAGGUGAUGACCCCUACAACAAGGUUACAGAGGACGAGCCUGAGGAUCCCUACAACAGUGUAGAAGAAGAUGAGGGAGCAGCAGAGGAAGGUGAAGGUCAGAGUCAAGGUCGUCCCACAUCGUAUCAGUACUCCACUGUGAGCAAGGUCAACCAGGAGUUACGGGAGGGUGGAUUCAAUGUGGUGGGGGAGUAUGCUCAAGUGAUGAAAAAUAAAGACACUGAGGCGAACAUAAACAGGCCCCUCCCACUGCCUGCAGCCAGCCAGACAAACAGGAGAUCGGAUCCCGAUUCAUAUCAAUUGCCUCCAGAGCCACCUCGGCGGUACCAAGAGGAUUACAAUGAAGGGAACCACCAGUCCUCUGUGUCUCAUUCUACAAAUGGCACCACAACUGUGAUGGGAGCGGGAGCCACAGGAGGGACAGAAGUAACUCCCAGUGCGUUGGCACCAACCACUACAAAUAAUAUAGGCAGCACGGCAGUGACACAAACCCCGAAGCAUAAAGAACCUCCAUACCUUAAACUGACGGCGCGGGAAUCCAUGGCAAGCAUCAAUGCCAGGCGAGCACUGAACACGUACGAAGAAGUGACGGACAGAGAGAAUAUGUAUGCAACGGUGGAGGGAGGAUCAGGGGAUGGUGUAGUGACUUCCAGGGGUGGAGCUCAGAACAGCCAGCAAUUAAUCAGACAGGAGCUGUAUGAGGAAAUUCCUAAUGGGGACCAAUUGCCUGCGCCUGCCCCCCCUUCCUUGGACAUCCUACACCAGAUGACGGAGGGUAAGCCCCGUGUGCCCGGUGACACGGACAGCAGUAAUCGAUCAUCCUUCGCAGAGGGUCAGAAAUCUCCAGGGGCCACUGCGAGUCCACGGUUCUCGUCCGGUUCUACGGAGGCCAUGUCUACAGGGAUGGUGAACCCAGCCUUUGAUGGGGACCAAGACACUGGGGGGGUCUCCCUGGAUCCCAACUACACAACGGUCAGGGACUGCAUUCCGGAGAGACAGGUGGAGGGGGAUCCCAACUACGAGAGCGUGGAGGAAGUCAAAUCAAAAGUCCAGGAAGUGGAGCAGGAGGAACAGAGGAAGGCCAUGAUGGAGCGGAAGAAACGGCUUCAUGUGUACGAGGAGGUCAAAGAAGGGGAGACCAAUCCGGUCAGGGAGCGCGUGCUGAGGCGACACAUGUACGAGGACCUUGACGGAGUCAAAACGCAGAAACAGGAGCUAGACAAACAGGAAGUAAAUAAACAAGAAGAGGAGUUAGAAGACAGAGAGGUGUGGAAACGCAGGACUGACGUCCUCUGUGAAAAGUUGUAAUCUUUUAAGUCACUGGCUCCAAGAGGGAUUCUGUUCAGUUGUGAUAUUGUUCUUUACCAUUAUAAUAACUUGUUCUAUGUGCUAUUUUGUUAGUUUUUAUACUUUUUGUUUUAUUUUAUUUUAUGUAUUUAUAAAUGUAGUGUAAUACCUAGUUCACUUAAACAGCUGGCCUCAUUUUUGUGUAUCUAAUCAUCCGUAUUUGUUUUUUAUGGUCAUUUCUUUAUGAUACUAUGUAUCUUUUAGACUAUGUGUAUGUGUUUCAGUAAUCAAUUUUAUGUUAUACAUCGUAAGGCUACUCAAAGUCACACAAUACCUGAGAAAUAUCUUUGGUUAGAAUUUAUUCAUCAUUUAUUGAAAUUUUUUCUGUGAGAAUAAACAAAUUAGAAUAGAAACAUCAAAGAGUGUCAAUUAAAUUCACUUUAUAUUCAAACUUAAACACAACUUAUCCAAGUAGCAAUUUUUAAAAACUAACCAAUUCUAAGUUCUUUAUUAUAAGUUGUCAAUAAAUUCCUCUGUUUCCAGGCAGACAUUUUACAUCUACUGUGAGUCCAUUAAAAGUUCUCCAGUGGUGGAUUUCAUUGUUUCACUUUUAUUCAUGAGUUGAGCUCAUUGUAUGAAAACAACACUUCAAAUUGUCUGUUUAAAACGAGAGGAAAUCUUAAGUGUAUGUUCAUAAAAAAGCCAAAGAUUUAGUGUUCAUUUAAUCACUUAAUUUUUUUCAGUAUAAUGUUUGAAUUCUAGUACUGAUAAGGGAUUAAAGUGUUCUUGGAAUAAGCUCAUAAUGAUAAAGUCAGUCAUAUUGGUUAAAUCCACCGCCAUUUUCUACUUGUUAAUGAGAACUUGUAUUCUUAGGCUACAAAUGCCGUGCUUCAAAAUUUAUAGCUGUAUAAUAAAAUGCUUUGUAAAAUGUAGAUUAAGUGCUUUUGCAUAAUGAAUAAUCCUGUAUUUAUUACAUAUGGUAAUUAAUGAAAUUGGUUUCAUUUUCUAAACUUUCUAUUUUUCUGUCAAGCAAUCGUUGAUAUUAUUAAGGGGAGAAAACCACAGAGUAGCAAUUCAUUUUGCUCUAAAUUGUGGUUUUAGACUAUUUUUAAAUUUGAUAAUACAUUAAAAUCUUUUGUAUUAUAUUUAUUUAUUAAAAUGAAGAACUUUUUUCUUAUUAAAUGCUUACAAUGUAGAUUUAAAAAUUACAAAACAUUCUAUACAUGAAAAUAUCAAAAUUAACCCUUAAUGCCAUCGUUUUGCAACAUGAACCCAAGAUGUUGAGCAGGGAUAGGAAAAAUAAGAAAACUGAACCAGGUCUUGUAUUUCGGACAGUUUCUAAAUGUUGGGUUUUUAAAUUAGCUUUAGGAUUAACCUGACUGUAUUAUAUAAUUAUCAAAGCUCACUUAGUUAAAGAUGUAAUUGCUACACUGUUCUCCAGAAAAUGACCCAUUAACCUGUCAAUGUACCGCCAUUUCUGUACACUGUACCCCUACUUAAUACAAGAAUUGUUGGUAUCUGGGAGCCGCUAUAACGGCGUGACCCUCAAUGCUACUGUAUCUACUACAAAACGUGUACAUACAAUACUUGAUCACGUGACCAGUGUUGUGAUAUAAUGUAAACAGACAUUGAAUAAAAUUACUCUAAACAUG